AUGUCUGAUUCAAAGGAAGAGAAAGCACAGGUUGCAGCCGACAGGAUCAAGGCUGCAGCACUCACUGCUGCCAAAGGCCUGAGCCGUACGCAAGCCGAGCGUGCAGCGGCUGCAGCAGCGAGAAACGUCAACGCUUAUGGGCAAAAGGAAGAAGGUCCAAGCCGAUGGCAGGAGAAAAGGGAAGCAAAGAGGCAGAUGUAUUUGAUGAGUACAGAGAAAGCCGUCAGGCUUGGCGAGAGGAAAGACAAGUCUAUCUCAACAUCAGUCGUUGGAGGCGCCUCUGCGGCUUCGCAGUGCCAGAAAUGUUUCCAGGCGGGUCACUGGACUUAUGAGUGCAAGAACGAAAGGGUUUACAUCUCUAGGCCCUCGAGAACCCAGCAGCUUAAGAACCCUAGGCUGAGAGUGAAGCCUUCUGUUGAUGAUCUUGAUAAUGAUGGUGAGAAGCCAGUUGCAGGAAAUGGGAAAGAAGAAGAAGGAGGCGAGAGGCGGUCCAAGAAGAGCAAGAGAAAGCACAGGUCAAAAGAUGAUUCUGGCAGUGACAGUGAAGCCUCUGUGUUUGAAACAGAUAGCGACGGCUCUGAGUCAUCUGGGGAGAGUAGUUCAGAAUACAGUUCGUCGUCGGACUCGGAGGAGGAAAGGAGGAGGAGAAGGUAUAAGAAGAAGAGCAAGAAGAAGCAAAAGCAGAGGAAGGAAAGGCGAAGAAGAUAUAGCUCUUCUUCAUCUGAGUCGUCUGAUUCUGAAUCAGCCUCGGACUCGGAUUCUGAUGAUGACAGAAGCAGUAGGAAGAAGAAGAGCAAGAGGCACAGCAACAAACGUCCUGCUGAGAAAACAAGUGAAGAUAUCCCGAGUAUGUUGCGGAACGUGAUGCCUUGGAACAGAAGCGAGAACAGUGUAGUUGGAUUGUUUAUUAGGCAUUUUGCAACGAAACCGAAACCCAAGAUGAAACCUAUCGAGCUGAACACUCCACCAGAGCAAACCCAGACGAUAACCCGAGUGAUCUUUGAUAUUUUGAAGGAACAUGGACCUCUCACCAUUGCUGAAACUUGGGAUCGUGUCAAGGAAGUGGGAUUAAGAGGGCUAUCGAGCAAGCGUCAUAUGAAGAUAAUACUGAGGUGGAUGAGAGAGAGACAGAAGCUGAAGCUCAUAUGUAACCAUGUUGGUCCUCACAAGCAGUUUUUGUACACUACUUGGUUCACUAAACACAACCCUCCUAAAUUCCAUAAGUUGCCGGAAAAUCACACCGGGAAAUCUUCCGGCUACCCUAAAAUUCCAUGA